AUGGCUUUCAAAAUGGAAGCCAGCCAACUCAAAAUCGCUGAAAAACUGGUGAUUUUGAAUGAUAGAGCAGCUGGAAUGCUAACAAGAAUAUACAACAUCAAAAAAUCCAGUGGUGAUUCCAAAGUCAAACCGCAAUUUUUAAACGACAAAAAGAUGGAGGGAGCUAUUAAACAUAUUGUUCGAAAAUUUCCAGUCGUAGAUUGCAGAUCAAAUACAGUAAGUUAUUAUUUUUUGCGGUUUUUCGGCCGGAAAAAAAUAAAAAAAAUCAUUUUUAAUCUUCCAGUCAACAUUCGAACAUGUUGCAACAAUGCAAAGCGAUAUUAUCAAAUCACUAUCUCUUUAUUAUUAUACAUUCGCAGAUUUAUUAGAUCUCAAAGAUCAUAUAAUGCAUCUUCUAACAACUAUGGAAACUUGCCAAUGUCAAUUGGAUAUUGUAAGAUUUUUAUUUUAAAAAACAUGAUUAUUUUCAUUAAAAAAAUAUUUUAGUCACUAAACUACGAUCUAACAACGGGAUAUUUGAAUCUGGUCGUAAAUCUCAUCACAAUGAUGAUCUUACUAUCCCGAAUCGAAGAUCGAAAAGCAGUUCUAGGACUGUUCAACGCCGCCUACGAUUUUCAACACGGACAAAGUGAAGCGUCAUUUCCUCGACUUGGGCAAAUGAUUCUAGACUACGAACAUCCGCUCAAGAAACUUCAUGAAGAUCUUGUUCCGCUGAAUCGGAUGAUUUUCUCAGCGUUGACGAGUUUAUCCAAUGUUUAUGUGCGACGAAAUAUGACGGCUGAUAAAUGGCGAAAAUCUCAGGUAUUCUCAUUGACGGCUUCACCUCAACAAAUUCUAUAUGCCGCUCAAACGGACACGAUUGCUUGUGAAUAUUUGUCAUUGGAUGUUAUGGAUCGAUGGAUUGUUUGUGAGUUAGCACAACUUUUAGAAGGAAAACAAAUAGAUGUUUGAUGAAAUAUAGUAGUUUUCUACCCGAUGAUCACUAUUCCGAUGGCUGAAAUUGCAGUUGGCAAAAUUCUAUGAGACUCUAGAAGCUGAAACCUGGCUUCAAAGAUGAUUUUUUUGCAAAUUUGAUAGCAUAGAAUUGUUCAGGAGGCGAGAUAACAUAAAUAAAAUUCAUGUUUUCAUUAUUUGGUUGAUUUUGAAAAAUUUAUUUUUGGUCGGAACUUGGACCAUCUGAACUUAUGUUUUAGAUACUUAAGGUUUAUUGAAAAUCCAGAAGAUCCAGAAGAUUCCAGAAAAUUUUCAAUAAACCUUAUCUAAAACAUAAAUUUUUAAGUUCUUCACCAAAAAAUAAUUUUUCAAAAUCAAUCAAAUAAUGAAAACAUGAAUUUUACUUAUGUUAUCUUGCCUCCUGAACAAUUCUAUGCUAUCAAAUUUGCAAAAAGUCAUCUUUGAAGCUAGUUUUCAGCUCCUAGAGUCUCAUAGAAUUUUGCCAAGUUGAGCUCUGAAGGGAAAAAAUCUAAAGGGAACGUUAAAACACUUCCCUUGUGAGCCUAUGAAAGUUACAGAGCUCCAAAGUUCGGAAAAUCUUCAGAUUUGAGGCCAAAUCUGGAAAUUUUCCGAACUUUGGAGCCCUGUAACUUAGCUUGUAAAAAUAAAAAUCCGUGCGUCGCAAUCGGGAAAAAAUCAAUAAUCUCGACCGCGACGCGCAGCCGCGACGCGACUCACGAAAUAUAAUUCUCUAUUUCAGUCUGCGGAACAGUGUGCUAUAAUUCAUUGCUAAAUGACAUGAAUAUUUUUCGAAUGUGGCAACUUGCACUUCAAAUGGGAAUUUGUUUGCGAUUAUUCCGGGAUGAAGUAUUUGUGACACAUACUGAGAUUCAACAAUUUUUGGAGUCCACAAAAGGAAAUAAUAAAAAGAUUCAGGAGGUUAAAGAUUGUUAUUCAGUGGCUCUACAGCAAGCGUAAGUUAUUUAUUUUCUUUAGGUCCAAAACGAGCAUUUUUCUGUGAGCAUUUUUCUGGUUGAAAUCGAGUUUUUUGAGAUGGAUAAUGUUGUUCAGCACAUUCGAAAACCUUGAAAAACUUUCAGAAAAGAUGAAACGGAAGCUAAAAAUCGUACCACGCAGCGCAGACCGCGUCACAACACAGAUUCAAAUUCCCUCCCUUUUUUGUGUGUGUUGUAACGCGGCGCGGUUUGCGUUGCGUGUUUAUUUCGGUGGAGCGCGUGGUACGAUUUUUAGCUAAAGUUUUUCAAGGUUUUCGAAUGUGCUGAACAACAUUAUCCAUCUCAAAAAAGUUGAUUUUUCACCCAGGAACUCGAUUUCAACUAGAAAAAUGAUCACAGGGCAAUUUUUGACUUUGGAAUCGUGAUCAGCAAGGUCGAUUUGGUAUAUAAUUUGGUAUAUAGAAAAUAGCCCCUCAUUUGUCAGACGAGAGACGACGAGAGUCUAAUGACGUCAUCUGAGUUAGAGAAAGAUAUAUUUUUAUGAAAAUAUGUGUGUCCCUUUGAAAAAAUACCGUAUUUUGUUUCAAGGAACACAUGUUUUAUUGAAAAUAUCUCGAAGCGAAAUUCAUUUUCGGGAUAUUUUUGUAAAUUACUCUCGUCGUCUCGCGUCUGACUCAACGGGUCGUGUCAUAAAAAUAGACUUUUUUUGCAGCAUUCCAAUCCACGCUGACCGUCGUAGAUUCCUCCGUGGUUCCCUCCGCGAACUAACCCUCCUCAUCCGCGAUCAACCCGGCCUCCUGGGCCCAAAAGUGCUUUUCGUUUGGAUGGCCCUUUGCGCGGCCCGCGACGAGGUUCUUUGGCUUCUUCGACAUCAGGCCGAAUGGCCGGUUUCGACGAAGAAAGGGAAUAAAAUGGUGGAUGAAUUGGUGGAUCGACAAUUGCCUGAAUUAAUACAUUAUAUGUUGGAGUUGAGAGAUUUGGUGAAUAAACAUCAAAGUGUUAUUCAGAGAUAUUAUUUGCAGGUGAGCAGAUUUUUCAUGCUCAAAAUUCGGAGCUGAAGACUAGAAAAAUUUUUUCUAGUCCUGAAAAUUUCGAAAAUUUGAAUUUUAAAAUGGCUUUUUUUGCUGAAAAUCAUGAAAAUACUGAAAUUUGAAGCCUAAAACCUUAAUUGUUUGAAAUUUCAGGAUUUUUAGCUGAAAAUUUGCGAAAAUUUGAAUUUCAGAAUGGUUUUUGUGCUGAAAAUCAUGAAAACACUGAAUUUCUGUGAUUUUAUCAGUUUUAGCACAAAAAUCAGUAUAAAACUCAAGUUUUCGAAAUUUUCCAGUUAAAAAUACUGAAAUUUCAAGUGCAAAAAGCUUUUGGGCUGAAAAUUCGUGCUAAAAUUGAAGUUUUCCAAAAAUCUAGAUUUUAGACAAAUUCAGCGCAAAAUUUUUGAAUUUUUUCAAAAAUCUAGCUUUCAGAGCAAAAUAAUUUUUAUUUUUUUUCAUCAAAAUUACAAUUUCAGCCCAAAAUUUUUGAAUUUUUUUCAAAAAUUAUAAUUUUAGACAAUUUCAGCUCAAAAUUUUUGAAAUUUUUCAGGCCUAGACCUAUCCUGGCUCAAAAAUGUUGAUUUUUCGAGCCUAGGCUUAAAAAUCCCAAUUUUUGCAAUUCCAGGCUCAAAAACCUCCAAAUUUUUAUCAUUUUGAGCUCAAAAUGCUCCAAAUUUUGAAUCAAAAUUUUUCGGAGUUCUUCCAAAAAUUACAAUUUCAGCCCAAAAUUUCUAGAUUUUUUUAAAAACCCCGUUUUUUCAGUAUGUCUCAAGUUACGAUUCAAUUGUUGCCACAGAAAUGGUCACCAAUGUAAACGGCCUUCAAGAAGAAGAAGCCGUUUUGCUCUCAGAUUUCGCGCAUUCCAUCGGAAACAUCAAUUCAGACACAGAUCUACGAGCUUUACGAUUAGAUUGGUUCCGUUUUCAAGCAUGGACUUCUGUAGCGAAAAGCACAUUUUCACUCAGACAACACACACAAUUUGCGGUUAUGAUGAAUACAGCAGUUUUUCAUUUGAAAAUGAUUGAUUUGCAAGAUGAGAUGUUAAGAGAGACUAGUGAUUUAUCGAUUUAUUGUUUCUAUCAAAAACUUGCGGAAAAACAUUGGAUUGGAUGUUUGCAAUUACCUGCGCAAUGUCGAUUUGCACUAUGUUUUGCUAGAAUUUCUGCGCAUUACCCGAGUGCUCUUCAUGAUAUGUGUCCAGAGGAGAAGACUUUUAUCACGGAUAAAGCACUGGCUCAAUGUAAUUCGGUGAUUGAGGAGACUUGCCGGCAGACUUGUAAUAUUGUUCAAGGCCUCGCGGAAUAUGAAUUGAGAUUGGCGGAACAAAUGACACCGAGUGCCACGGCGGUCAGAGUUGUUGCGCAGGUUUUGGAGAAGGCGAAUAGGAAGGUGGCGGCGGCGGCGACCGCGGCGGCAAAGAAUUCGAUUGUUGCCGGGGGAGGAGAGUCAUCGGGUUGAUAGGCAGGCGUUGACUUAUCCGGAUAAACUUCAGACUACGUUUUGUGAGUUUUUUUUUUGGGGGGAGGGGGGUUUUGGGAGCGGGAAGAUGUGAAAACUGAAAAUUUCCCGGCCAAAAAACAACACGAAAAAGGUUUUUUUUUUCAAUUUUCGAAUUUUAGAGUCAUUGCGUGGCUCCAAAAUCGGGAUUCUAAAAUUUUUGCGCCAAAAAUAUUAAAUUUGAAUUUUUUUUUCGAAAAAUUUUGACGUUUGAGCUCAAAAUGCUUCAAAUUUUCAAGCCUAGGCCUACUUUUUGUGAGUUUUUUUGGGCGAAAAACUGAAAAUUUCCUUCCCGAAGCCCUUUUUCUGACGAAAUUUUAAAGGAACAUACCGUAUACUACCUGCUUUUUUUUUGGGAAAUUUCAGAGGUUUUCUAGAAUUUGAAAUCUGAAAAAAAACAGGAAAUUUUCAAAUUUUAAUCAAAAUUGGCUGCUAUGCACUUAGAAAAUCAGUUUUUCACCUUCUUUUUUGCAUAACCUGAAUUUUGAGGCUUCAAAAAUGCAGAAAAUUAGGAUUGCCAGAUUAAAGGAACAUACCGUAUACCAUCUGCGUAUCUAACAUUUUUUUGUCCAAUUUCUUCUCGAGUUAGAUACGCAGCUGGUAUACGGUAUGUUCCUUUAAUCUGGCAUUCGCUGUUUUUUUUCCCGAAUUUUAGAGAACCUCUAAUGGAUUUUCCAAAAAUUUAGUAGAAUUUAAAAAUUCUAUUUUUUUCAUCUGGAAAAUCAUGAAAAAGGUUAUUUCUAUUUUAAACGCAAAAAAUUUCAAAAAUUUCAGCAAAUCUCUCUAAAGUUUCCCAAAAAAUUGAGAAAAACUUGGAACUUUGAUUUAUCUCUCAAGUUGCGGCUUCGAAAGGUCUAGGAUCAGCUACGAGAGAGCAUGAUUGUCUAGGGGCCGCGCCUAGAGAUUCGCUUUGGAAAGGAGCGGCGCCUAGAAGUCCUAGUUCUCAAGUAGCCGCUCCUAAAGAACCUACUUGUCUAGGAGCCGAGACUAGAGAGCCUAGUUCUCAAGUAGCCGCUCCUAGAGAACCUACUUGUCUAGGAGCCGCUCCUACAGAACCUGCUUGUCUAGGAGCCGAGCCCUAAGAGCCUCUAUGUCAAGGCUCAGCGCCUAGAGAGCCUAGUCUCCAGGAUACCUCAACAAUUUCAUCAAUAUUUCAGUGGAACUUUGCGCGGGUCUCGGAAUGCAUCGUCAAAUCCACGUGGCAGAUCACACGUUUGCACCCCGUGCCUAUUUGACACAAUCACUCGAAGCCAAAUUCGUCGAACUCCUCCACACAAUGAUGUGGGAAGAUCAGCCGAAUGUCAGUAAUCCGAGAAGACCAAGUGAUAUGUUAUUAGCUCUCCAGGCUUAUAUGACGGUUUAUCAGAAUUUGGAUACUGCAAGUGAGGAUUUAGGGGAUUUUUUGGGGAAAAAAUCGAUGAAAAAUUCAAAAAAGUAUAUUUUUUCCUGUUUUUUUGACACAAAAAUGAUUAGAAAAAAGUUAGAAACUGAAUUUGCGGCUCAAAAUUAAAAAAUUUCCUGGAAACGCGCGAUUUUUUGAGCUUAAAAAUCAUCAAAAAAUGAUGGAUUUUGAGCGAAAAUUGACUAGAAAUGGCAAAUGCGCUCUAUUGAACUAUCCCCGUUUUUAUGAAAAAUUCAAAUUUUUAUUUUUUUUCUCCUAUUAAUUUUGAGCCGCAAGUUCAGUUUCUAACGGAAAAUUGCAGAAUAUUGUUAGAAAAUCGUUAAUUUUCAGCUUUUCCGAUGAAAUUACGCUGAAAAUAUGAUUUUUGCUUUGAAAUUCGCGAUUUUUCAAGCUAAAAAGCAUAAAAAAUGAUGGAUUUUGAGCCGAAAAUGGCAAAUGCGCUCUAUUGAACUAUCCCCGUUUUUAUGAAAAAUUCAAAAAAAAAAUUUUUUUUUGCUGAUGGAUUUUGAGCCGCAAAUUCAGUUUCUAACUGAAAAUUGCAGAAUUUUGUUAGAAAAUCGAUCAAAAUAGUGAAUUUUCAGCUUUUCCGAUGAAAUUAGGCUGAAAAUAUGAUGUUUCAAGCUAAAAAUCAUCGAAAAUGAUGGAUUUUGAGCCAAAAAUGGCAAAUGCGCUCUACUGAACUAUCCCCGUUUUUAUGAAAAAUUUAAAUUUUCUUUUUUUUUCCUGAUGAAUUUUGAGCCGCAAAUUCAGUUUCUAACGGAAAAUUGCAGAAUUUUGUUAGAAAAUCGUUAAUUUUCAGCUUUUCCGGUGAAAUUAGGCUGAAAAUGUGAUUUUUUAUUUGAAAUCGAGAUUUUUUGAGCUAAAAAUCAUCAAAAAUGAUGGAUUUUGAGCCGAAAAUGGCAAAUGCGCUCUAUUGAACUAUCCCCGUUUUUUAUGAAAAAUUUAAAUUUUCUUUUUUUUUCCUGAUUAAUUUUUAGCCGCAAAUUCAGUUUCUUAUUGAAAAUUGCAGAAUUUUGUUGGGAAAUCCAUAAAAAAUAUUGUUUUUUGACAUCUGAAUUAAAAAAAAAAUUUUUUUGACUUGAAUGAUUGUUUAUUCAAAAAAAAAAUGUAAAAAAAUUUUUUUGACAAAAAAAAUAUUUUUUUUCCUAAUUUUUUGACAUCUGAAUUGAAAUUUUAUGAUUCUUUAAUAAAAAAAAAAAAAAAACAUUUUUUGACAAAAAAAAUCAAAAAUCAAAAAAAAUUCCAGUAACUUUGGAUAUUUCCCAAAUAAUGCAAAGUGUUUUGCUCCAACAAACACAAUCGGUCGACUCGCGGAACAAAGAUACGAUAACUUCGCUUUAUACAAAAUGGUACUUGGAAGUGUUGCUCAGAAGAGCCUCUUCUGGACACAUGGUUUGGAGUGAGCAUUUGAGGACGAUGUUAACAGCCGGACACGACAAUCUACCAUUUUUACCCGAACAUUAUAGUGAUCCGCUGGAACUUCGUGCACUUGUUCAAAUAAUUGGGCCGUAUGGCAUCAAAUUCAUGUCGGAGCGGUUGAUUUGGCACGUGGCCAGCCAGAUAAAUGAGAUGACGAAGAUUGUGGCGAGCUAUAAGGAGGUUCUACAUGUUGCCAGGUCGAAUUUUGAUAAUGCUGAGAAAAAUGCGGGAAGUUUUGAAUUUGCUGAGCGCGGAGCCGAAGAAAGGGAGCAUCAACAUCGACGACUUGCGCCGCUGAUGCGAUUCUGCAGCGGACAAUUAUUGUGGGGCAGAUUUGCGCGUUCCGCGACGCGCUUCACACUGCGUUGCGGCAAGUUGUGGAGGCGAGAUUGCCGUUUUUGCGCAACUCGUUUGAUUUGUUGUAUGAGCAUUUGGAUGAGAUGGGAAAAGUUGUGGGUUUUUUUGGGGCUUGAAAUUUGGGAAAAUUUGGAAAUUUAGACCGAUUUUUUAAAAAUUUUAAUGUAAUUUUUAGGGUUGGAAAAAAAUACACGAAUACACGCGCUCGAUACACGGUACACGAAUACACGCAGUACACGAAUACACGGAUACACGAAUACACGGAUACACGAAUACAUGAAUACACGAAUACACGCUUUUUUCUGAAUUGCUUGAGAAGAGAAGAAAACCGUGUAUUCGUGUACAGUGUAUUCGUGUAUUGCGUGUAUUCGUGUAUCCGUGUAUUCGUGUAUCGCGUGUAUUCGUGUACCGUGUAUUCGUGUAUUUGGCUGCGCGUGUAUCCGUGUACGCAAAUACACUGUUUUUCCAACCCUAGUAAUUUUCAAUAAAUUUGGCCCCGGAAAGCUCAAAAUUUGAAAUUUGGUCCCAAAAAUCCGAAGUUUUUAAAUUCAAAUAAAAUUUUUUUUUCCAAAAAAUCCGAAAUUUUUAAAUUUUUAAAUUUUGCGCCAAAAAACCACGUGGCAGAAUUUAAAUUGAAAAAAAGUUUCCGAAUUUUUUUUAGAAUUUCAAAAAUAUUCCGAAAAAUGUUUUCUGGUUUAAAAUUUCCGGAAAUUUCCCCAAAAAUGUUUGAAGAUAAUUUUUCACAAAAAAUUAUCGAUUUUUUAUCCGGAAAAAUUUUAUUGAAUUUUGGAUCUUGAAAAAGCCACCUGGCAAAAAUUUGACUUGAAAUUCGUGAAAAUCUGAAAAUUUAGAGCCUAGGACCGAUUUUUUUAAAAUUUUAUGUAAUUUUCAGAAAAUUUGGCCCAGGAAAGCUCAAAAAUUUUGAAAUUGUGAAAAAAAAACCGAAUUUUUUAAAAGAAUUUCUAUAAUAUUCUGAAUUUUUGAAGAUUUUCCUAAAAAUGCUUGAAAUCUUGAGAUUUUAGCCUUGAAUUUUCAAAAAUAAUUAUCGAUUUUUUUUUAGAAAAAAGCCACGUGGCGUUUUUUGGCUUGAAAUUCAUGAAAAUCUGAAAAUUUAGAGCCUAGGACUGAUUUUUUAAAAUUUUAAUACAAUUUUCAGAAAAUUUGGCUCCGGAAAGCCCAAAAUUUGAAAUUUGGUGCCAAAAAUCCGAAAUUUUUAAAUUUCGCGCCAAAAAAAACCACGUGGCAGAAUUAGAAUUGGAAAAAAAACUUUCCGAAUUUUUUUUUUAGAAUUUCUAAAAUUUUCUGAACAUUUUUAGGGCUGAAAUUUGAAUAUUUUAGGAUUUCUAAAAAUUUUCGGUGUUUUUUUAGAAAAUCCGAAAAAAUCUUGAAAUUUCUAGAUUUUGAGGAUUUUCUGAGCAUAUUUUCCAAAAAUUCUGAAAAUUUUUAAAUUUCAAAAAUAUUCCAAAGAAAUGUUUUCUGGCUCAAAAAAUCGGGAAUUUUCGCAAUUUUCCAUUGAAAUUUCUUCAAUAUUUCAAUUUUUUCAGAAAAUCGGCGAACUUUCUGCUGCAAUGGGUGUUCAAGGACCAGUUGAUAUGGCUCUUGUCAACGCUGUCCGAGCUCAAAAUCCAAAAAUUCACCCCGAAGAUCAUUAUGUAUCGAGUUGUUUGUUGUUGGUGGCGAUUGGUGAGUACGGUAGAACCUGCACAUCUAACUCUUGGACGAGUUAGAUAUGCAGGUGAUACGGUAUGUUCCUUUAAUACAAUUUUUCUUUCAGCGAUUUGUGUUCCUCGAAUUGGAAUGUCUGAUUUAUCGUCGUAUAAACCGAGUAUUCAAGGUGAGGAUUUUUUUUUGUUCAAGCUACAGUAAUCCUGGGUUACUGUAGAAUUUUUGGGGACAAAAAAAUGAAGGUUACUGUAGUUUUUUUGGAGGGGCAAAAAUAAAUCAAAAUACACUGAUUUCCUCCUGGAAAAUCAGAUUUUUACACAAUUUUUUCGAAAAAAAAUUUAAAGGAACAUACCGUAACUUUUAAGGGAUCAGUUUAUUCGAAAUUUAUGAUAUUUCUAAUGCAGCGUCCAAAAAUGCAGAAAAUUAGGAUUGCUAGAUUAAAGGAACAUACCGUAUACCACAUGCGUAUCUAACUGAACAUUUUUGAUAAGCUGAAUAAUGAGGGGAAGGUUAGAGACGCAGACAAUUAGAGAUGACGAGAAGCUCGAUACCAUCAAAAAGUUAGAGACGCAGAGAAACUAGAUGGUUAGAGAGCAUGAGCAAUUCCUAUAAACUAAAAAUUGAAUUUUCUAAAAAAAAAUUCAAAAACUAUAUUUUUUUUUUUACUAUUUUUUCCGACUUGAUCCGAUUUUUUGAGCUAAAAAUCAUCAAAAAAUGAUGGAUUUCGAGCGAAAAUUGACUAAAAAAUGGCAAAUGCGCUCUAUUGAACUAUCCCCGUUUUUAUGAAAAAUUCAAAUUUUCUUUUUUUUUUUCCUUAUGAAUUUUGAGCCGGAAAAUUGCAGAAUUUUGUUAGAAAAUCUAUAAAAAAAUAUAGUUUUUUGACAUCUUAAUCGAUUUUUCAAAACUUUUGGAGCGAAAAUUAAAAAUUCAAAUUUUUUUGCAGCCAGUUUGAAUAAUUGUCAUUGUGUUCCGCUGGCAAUUAACACAAUUGCAAGCUCGCUUUUCCAUUUGCAUGAAAGAAAUGAUAUUCAGAUGAGAAUGAAGGAGUUUUUGGCGGUGAGUUGAAGAUUUUUUGAAAAAUUUAAAAAUUAAAAUUCACAUUUUUUCAGCUGGCGUCGUCUGGAAUUUUGAGAACAAUUCAUGAAAGAGAUGGUGGACGAAUUGCACCGGAAGAUGCGCUGAAAUCCCACACAACACUGUAUAUUAUUUUGGAACAGGUAGACGAUUUUUGGGGGUAGACAAGCCUGGGAGGCUUCUGAAGGCUUCUCGGGGCUUCUUAGGGUUUCUAAAGGCUUCUGAGAGAUUCUGAGAGAUUCUGAAGGCUUCUGAAGGCUUCUAGAGGCUUUUAAAGGCUUCUGAAAGAUUCUGAAGGCUUCUGGGGGAUUCUGAGGGCUUCUAGAAUUUAAAUUUCAGAGAAAAUUCGAAGAUUUUCCUGACUUUGAAGAUUUUGAAGAUAUUAAUAUUAAAAAUGAUUUUUAGAAUCUUAAGGAAUAUUUUUUUGCCUAGAAACUCUUCAAAAAGUACUGUAGAAAAUGGUGCAAAAAUUUUGGAUCAAUCAGAUUUUUGUGAAAAUAUUGUUUUUAGACUGAAAUUUUGUGCUGAAAAUCGUGGAAAUGCUUAAAUUUGCUGAAUUUCAAGUUUUUCAUGAUUUUCAGCACAAAAUUUCAGCCUAGAAACUCUUCAAAAGUAGAAAAUUAUGCCAAAAUUUUGAAUCAACCAGAUUUCUGUGAAAUUAUUGUUUCUAGACUGAAAUUUUGUGCUAAAAAUCGUGGAAAUCUAGAGAAAAGUCAAUAAUUUUUGCAGAUGGUCCGAAAAAAUCGUUGGCUCUCAAUGGAUGUUCUCGAAGCCUGUUUCCCAUACAAUCUUGUUCGAACAGCAUAUCAACAAACCUACGAAGCAGAUGCUCAACCAUAA